UGGGUCCCUUGGAUCUGUUUCUUGCCAACAGAAGUGGAGUGUGUUAAUUUUGUCCUUUACCAGUGAUGGCUGGUAUGCUUACCUUUUCGUCGCGGAGUCUUCCGCAGAAUGUUCUACGGCUCACAUCAAAAGUAUUCGAAAUUAAAAGCUUUCAGGUGAGCGUGAAUCCAAGAGCUUCUCACCAAGGACGAGGAUGUAGUAAAUGGGCUCGACAAGCUAGCGUACAACGUUUGAAACAAAGUGGUCAACGAACAAAAUACCACCAGCAGUCAUAUCAUGCCAUUCGAAGUUUUCAGUCAUCCACAGCAUUAUGUGAAGAAAUAAAAAUAGUGACAGUUCCGCCAUUUGCAGAGUCGGUUUCAGAAGGAGAUGUAAGGUGGGAGAAAGCUGUGGGAGAUACUGUAGCUGAAGAUGAAGUUGUAUUAGAAAUUGAAACAGACAAGACCUCAGUGCCUGUUCCAUCGCCAGGAGCGGGUGUUAUUGAGGAGAGAUUUGUGGAAGAUGGAGCCACUGUUAAGGCUGGAGAGAAACUCUUCAAGCUUAAGCUUAUAGCAGGAGGAGCUGCUCCCGCUCCUGCGAAGAAGACGGAAGCUGUGGCAGCCGAACCCAGUCCACCUCCGCCACCACCACCCCCGUCUCCACCUCCAUCAGCUGAUGUGGCACCUCCCUCCCCUCCGUCUCCAACACCAGCUGCAGCUGCACCUCCACCACGACCUCCACCGCCUCCACCCCAAGCACCGAUGUCUUCAAUCCCUGUGGCUGCCAUUAGACAUGCCCAAGCGAUCGAGGCUGCCACUGUGAAACUGCCGCCUGCAGAUCCAACCUCCGAGAUCACUGGUACACGAUCUGAACAACGAGUGAAGAUGAACCGAAUGAGGCAGCGUAUAGCACAGCGUCUUAAAGAGGCACAGAACACAAAUGCCAUGCUUACUACAUUUAAUGAGAUUGAUAUGAGUAACAUCAUGGAAUUCCGGAAGGCUCAUCAGGAAGCAUUCCAGAAGAAAUAUAACAUCAAGUUUGGCUUCAUGUCUGCUUUUGUGAAAGCAGCCGCAUAUGCUCUACAAGACCAACCAGUUGUGAAUGCAGUCAUAGAUGGCACUGAAAUAAUAUAUCGAGAUUAUGUGGACAUAUCUGUAGCUGUUGCCACUCCCAAGGGUCUUGUGGUACCAGUAGUUCGCAAUGUGGAAUCAAUGAAUUAUGCAGAAAUUGAAUUGGCAAUUAAUGCUCUGGGAGAGAAAGCAAGGAAAGGUGCGUUAGCUGUUGAAGAUAUGGACGGAGGAACUUUCACCAUCAGUAAUGGCGGCGUGUUUGGUUCCCUCAUGGGAACACCCAUCAUCAAUCCUCCUCAGUCGGCUAUUCUAGGCAUGCAUGCAAUUUUUGAAAGACCCGUGGCUGUAAAAGGACAGGUUGUUAUCAGGCCUAUGAUGUAUGUAGCAUUAACAUACGAUCAUCGUCUUGUUGAUGGCCGUGAAGCUGUUCUUUUCCUGCGUAAAAUCAAAUCAGCAGUGGAAGACCCAAGGACAAUAUUGCUGGGUAUAUAGAUUGAUAUUAGUUUAUGUCAGUCUUGUCACUGAAGAAUCUGAAAAAGCGAAAAUUGUUUCUACGUGCCAGGGGCAUCAUGGAACUCCAGGAAAUCAGAUGGAAAGGGCUUGUUUACACACAGUGUGCUACGUAGAGAACCUGCAGAGGACACUCAGUAGCAUUGUAGAGCAGUUUUAAAACUUAUUUAUUUUAUGAGCUUUACCCUUCCCUGUUGGUCUGACAGUCACAGUUUACAGUAUUUUUAAUGGGUACUGGCUGAUAUUGAUUUUGACUGGGUGUUGCUGUGUAUCGGUGCUUUCAUGGUGGGGGUGCUACAUUCUUUUAUUAAGUAUAUGUUGCAGUAAACUGGUUAAACAUGAAGAGUUGGGAAUCUUAUACAGUUAUCAACCUAAAUGAAUUAAAUGUUAGAAAAACAUUUUUUUCAGUUAAAAUAUUAAAACCAGAUUGUUAACCAUGUUCAAGAUUUUAUUCUCUGAUUAAAAUUACCCCUGUAGCCAGUGUAAUCAUUAAUGGUAAUUUGUAAUGUAUAUAUUUCAGUAUUUAUCCAGAAAAAUACUGUGCAGAGUAGUGUUUGGUAUGAAACCAACAGCUUUUACACAAUAUGGAUUAGUAAUUUUUUGUAUUAUCAGUUUCUUUUUUUCUUUUGAGUCUGGUUAAUGAUUUUCUGGCCUUGAUGUAAUAGACAUUCUUCUGUUCCUGUUUAUAUUCCUCUGCAUCUCAGAUGGCUUCUAAUUAACUUAUUUCUGUCACUUGUGAAGAAAAAAAAAUGUUUAAUACUCUGCACAGCAUUCAAUAGGAAUUACACAGUUCAGAUUUGUGUAACAAUCUGCAGCCCUUGGAACUUACCGAUUGGAUGUUCCCUUACGCUGUUUAUAAAUAUGUAGAUUUGAAAUUUACAAAUACAUAGCACUUAAAAUACUUAAUGCCUCACAUCAAACUAGCCUCUCUCUUCUUAUUGUAAAAUAAACUUUGUAAGUAAAAUUUUCAGAGGGAGAGUUUGAUGUUUGAUUAAUUAAAUAAAAAAUUUAUUAUUCUCGAAAGCUCUGUACUUAACUUUGUGAUAAAUGUCAAGUUCUUAGAAUUAAAUUGCAAACUGAAAUUGAAUGAUGAAAGUAAUUACAAAAAUAAAUUUGUAGCAUCAACA